UUGAAAAACAAUAAACAAUUAUUUGACAUUUAUGGGACUAUCAUUUAAAAAACUACAAAGCAGUCAGCGUGCAUAAUUUACGAUACAGGCGCUAUGUGGUGGACUAGAACGGCAACACAAUUACGUCGAUUCAAUGUUCGUUCAUAUGGUGCUUUACACGACCCUUUGGAUCAUGUAACUGGCAUUCAAAAGCGAGAGCUUCUUGCUCAUCUAGCAGGAGAGUGCGAUCCUUUUCGUAUCAUGGCCAUAAAGAGAGGUCCCGGUACAUGCGAGCGUCCAAACCUGAUACCAAGCGCUUAUGCCUCCCGGCUGAUGGGUUGCAUCUGCCACCCAGACCAGAACCACGCUGAGUACAUGUGGUUGCACCAGGGUGUUCCCAAGCGAUGCGGCUGCGGAUACUGGUUCGAACUGUGUCCCGUUGCACCUUUAUAAUUGGAUCUUGUAAUA